GAUGGCAGACGGCAUCCCACUGAAUCCCGUACGAAAGAAUUUGAGAAAAACUGCGUAUUAUGAUGCUAGUAGACCUGCCAGGUAUCAAAUUGAAGACGAAUCCUCGAACCUUGAUGAGAUGCCCUUGAUGAUGUCAGAGGAGGCAUUCGAAAACGACGAAAGUGACUAUCAGACGCUGCCCAGAGCCAGAGUGAGUCAGAGACGCAGAGGACUGGGCUGGUUUCUCUGUGGUGGAUGGAAGGUCCUGUGCAGCAGCUGUUGCGAAUGUCUGGUUCACACAUGUCGCAGAAAGAAGGAGCUGAAGGCUCGGACAGUGUGGCUGGGACAUCCCGAGAAAUGUGAAGAGAAGUACCCCAAAAAUGCCAUCAAGAAUCAGAAAUACAACAUUGUCACUUUUGUGCCAGGGGUUCUUUACCAGCAGUUUAAGUUCUUCCUCAACUUGUAUUUUCUAGUAGUGGCCUGUUCUCAGUUUGUUACUUCACUAAAAAUAGGAUAUUUGUACACCUACUGGGCCCCAUUGGGCUUUGUGUUGGCUGUCACCAUGGUGAGAGAGGCGGUUGACGAAGUUCGCCGCUGCAGGAGAGAUAAAGAGAUGAACUCCCAGCUGUACAGUAAACUCACAAUGAGAGGGAAGGUCCAAGUAAAGAGCUCUGACAUACAAGUUGGAGAUUUAAUCAUUGUGGAAAAGAAUCAGAGAAUUCCUGCUGAUAUGAUUUUUCUCAGAACUUCUGAGAAGACUGGUUCGUGUUUUAUAAGAACGGAUCAGCUGGAUGGAGAGACUGAUUGGAAAUUGCGAAUAGGUGUCGCUUGCACUCAAAGACUUCCUGCCUUAGGGGAUCUCUUCUCCAUCAGCGCGUACGUUUACGCCCAGAAGCCUCAACUGGACAUUCACAGUUUUGAGGGGAACUUCACGAGGGAGGACUGUGACCCUCCCAUCCAUGAGAGCUUGAGCAUUGAGAACACCCUGUGGGCCAGCACUGUGGUGGCAUCUGGUACUGUCAUAGGUGUGGUCAUAUAUACGGGAAAAGAGAUGAGAAGCGUGAUGAACACCUCACAGUCUAAAAACAAGGUGGGUCUGUUGGAUCUGGAGUUAAACCGCCUAACCAAAGCAUUGUUCCUGGCUCAGGUGGUCCUGUCUGUUGUCAUGGUCGCUUUGCAGGGAUUUAUUGGACCCUGGUUCCGAAACCUCUUCCGUUUCGUUGUUCUGUUUUCAUACAUCAUCCCCAUCAGUUUAAGAGUAAAUCUAGACAUGGGGAAGUCAGCGUACGGUUGGAUGAUUAUGAAGGAUGAGAAUAUUCCAGGCACUGUGGUUCGGACAAGCACCAUCCCAGAAGAGCUGGGCCGUUUGGUCUACCUGCUCACAGACAAAACAGGCACUCUGACCCAGAACGAGAUGGUCUUCAAGCGCCUCCAUCUCGGCACUGUGUCAUACGGAACGGACACAAUGGAUGAGAUCCAGAGUCACAUCAUCCAGUCCUACGCUCAGGUGAGCUCAGCACAAUCUAAUGGCAGUAGUGCGAGUUCCACACCAUCCCGUAAACCACAGCCACCUGCUCCGAAGGUCCGCAAGAGCGUGAGCAGCCGGAUACAUGAGGCCGUGAAAGCCAUUGCCCUCUGCCAUAAUGUUACACCGGUAUAUGAGUCUCGUGUUAACGGUGCCAACGCAGAGCCAGAGAGCACAGAGGCUGACCAGGACUUCAGUGACGACAACCGCACUUACCAGGCCUCAAGUCCUGAUGAGGUGGCUCUGGUGCGCUGGACUGAGAGUGUAGGUUUGACUCUUGUGAACCGAGACCUGACGUCCCUCCAACUGAAGACCCCAGCCGGACAGAUCUUGACCUAUUACAUCCUCCAGAUCUUCCCCUUCACCUCUGAGAGCAAGCGCAUGGGUAUCAUUGUCAGGGAGGAGGCGACCGGCGACAUCACGUUUUACAUGAAAGGGGCUGAUGUUGCUAUGGCAAGCAUUGUACAGUACAAUGACUGGCUGGAAGAGGAGUGUGGAAACAUGGCCAGAGAAGGCUUGCGGACAUUGGUGGUGGCUAAGAAAUCAUUGACUGAAGAGCAGUAUCAGGACUUUGAGAAUCGUUAUAAUCAAGCGAAGCUGAGCAUCCAUGACCGCACUCUGAAAGUGGCAGCAGUGGUGGAGAGUCUGGAAAGAGAGAUGGAGCUUCUGUGUCUCACUGGAGUGGAAGAUCAGCUGCAGGCAGAUGUCAGGCCCACACUGGAGCUCCUCCGUAAUGCAGGCAUCAAGAUUUGGAUGUUGACAGGAGACAAGCUUGAAACUGCAACAUGUAUCGCCAAAAGCUCCCACUUAGUUUCCAGAAAUCAAGACAUCCAUGUCUUCAAACCGGUGUCCAACAGAGGCGAAGCUCAUCUAGAGCUGAACGCCUUCAGGAGGAAACACGACUGUGCCCUGGUCAUAUCAGGAGACUCUCUUGAGGUCUGUCUGCGUUAUUAUGAGCAUGAAUUCGUGGAGUUGGCUUGUCAGUGCCCAGCUGUGGUUUGCUGCCGCUGCUCUCCUACACAGAAAGCUCAGAUUGUUAAAUUGUUACAGCAACAUACAGCCAACAGAACGUGUGCCAUAGGCGAUGGAGGAAAUGAUGUCAGCAUGAUCCAAGCCGCAGACUGUGGUAUCGGUAUUGAAGGAAAGGAAGGAAAGCAGGCUUCUUUGGCAGCAGAUUUCUCCAUAACCCAGUUCAAGCACAUCGGCAGACUGUUGAUGGUGCACGGCAGAAACAGCUACAAGCGUUCAGCAGCUCUGGGCCAGUUCGUCAUGCACCGUGGCAUGAUCAUCUCAGCCAUGCAGGCUGUGUUUUCCUCUAUUUUCUACUUCGCAUCUGUUCCUCUCUACCAAGGUUUCCUUAUGGUGGGUUACGCAACCAUCUACACCAUGUUCCCAGUCUUUUCGCUGGUGCUGGAUCAGGAUGUGAAGCCUGAAAUGGCUCUGCUCUAUCCUGAGCUCUAUAAAGACCUCACUAAGGGUCGCUCCCUGUCCUUUAAGACCUUCCUGAUUUGGGUUUUGAUAAGUAUAUAUCAAGGGGGCAUCCUGAUGUACGGAGCGCUGGUGCUGUUUGAUCAGGAGUUUGUUCAUGUGGUGGCGAUCUCCUUCACGGCUCUGAUCCUCACUGAGCUCCUGAUGGUGGCGCUGACCAUCCGUACGUGGCACUGGCUCAUGGUCGUCGCUCAGCUCAUCAGUCUGGCCUGCUACCUCGCCUCCCUCUCCUUCCUCAAUGGAUACUUUGGCAUUGGUCGCGUGACCUUAGGAGCUUUCCUGGAUCUUUCGUUUAUCACCACACGGGUGUUCUUAUGGAAGGUGUGUGUCAUCACGCUGGUCAGCUGUCUGCCACUCUACAUCAUCAAAUACCUAAAGCGGAAGUUCUCACCACCCAGUUAUUCCAAACUCUCCUCCUGAGCUUUAUAUGGACCCGUGUUAACAGGCAUUCAGACAUAUUAAAAAGCACGUGCUAUUGCGAACAUAUUGAACAUUUUAUUAAUGUUGAAUGAUAGUUCAACCAGAUGUGAAAACAUAAAUUACUCCGCCUCAUGUUGUUCCAUAGCAUUUGUGGAACACAAAAGGAGAACAUAAGCUUUUUGUUCCUGCUGCUCCUUUACCGUCAAUACCAUCUGCUUUUAUGAUGUUUUGAAGAAAAAUCCUAGUUUAAAUGACAAUAAAGUGAUGACAAAAUUACGUUUCUUUCCAUGAUCUGUCCCUUUAAAACGUUAGUUGGCCUCAAAAUAAAAUUUUCAUAAUUGAACAGUUACAUAGUUCCAGACUCAUAAGACUGAAGGAAGACUUUGAGACACCAUUGAAGAUUUUCUUUAAUAAAAUUUGAAUGAUUCUGCCACUCGAUUAAAACACAAUUUCAAAACUAAAAUAUUCAUUAAGUGAAAAUGAAAAAUGGUGUUAUAAUCCAAGUCUUUUGAAGACACAAUCACUUAAUGUGAUGAACAGGUUUAAUUCUGUCUUUGAUUCAUCAGUGAACAUAAAAAGAAGCUAUUAAUGCACAAGAACAAACCUCAUUGGUUCUUAUGAAAGGCCAAAAGUGCCAAUAGACAUGCGAGAAUAAAAUCAAACUGUUGGUUCCCACACGUCAAGCAAGCAUUCUUGAGCUUCUCUGAACAAAUUUGAAUGCUAUAAAAAUUGUUCACGGAUUAAUAUUUAUAUACGAAUAAAAGCCUAUUAUAAAAUAUAAAUUAUACAGUGUUGAUGUCUCUUCAGAGACUAAUUAAAAUUCAUGAUUCGUAUUGAUUCAUUUUGGAUAUCUUAACAAGCAUCAGAGUUGGGUCUAUAGACUCUUAAUGGGCAGACAUAAAUAUUUGUAAUAUAUUAUAAAUUGUGUUCUAAAUGUGAACAAAUUUCAGGUUUGGAAUGACAUGAGGUUGAGUAAAUAAUGAGAGCGAGCUAUGAAUGUCUAAAAGUGCUUAUUAUGCGAUAUGUAUGUAUUUAUAGACUGUGUCACUAUGGAUUAAUAUGAGCAUUUCUGUGCUGUUCAUAUUUCUGCACAUAAGGCAGUGGUAGGAUAUAACACUGAGUAGUAUUUAAUACUUGAAAAGAUUGAAGCACAAAUGCGAGAGGGCAAAAAGAAGAGAGAAAAGGAACCAAAAAGUUGUUUAGGGCACCACACUGGAAUGAAAGGGCCCAGAUUUGUCACUUUUUACUUACCCUAGAUGUAUAUGAAAGUGAAAUCAGCAUUAAGUUUUUUAUUGAAUAGAUUUAGGAUUUUUAAUAAUUUUCUUUGUGUAUAACGAUGUUCCUAAAUUCAUCUAUAAUGAACAGUUCAUUGAUCGAUAGUGUUCUAAGUGUUAUCAUUCCCAUCAGCACUUUUUCCUUCUCAUUCUGGCGCAUUCUGCUUUAUUAACUGUAUUAUUAAUGAGAUGUGGGAGGGCGGGGCUUGAUUAACGCCUGUGGUUGUGAUUGGAGUGUAAGUGUGUACUGAAGCUGAAUUUGAGCAGCUCUGGUUUCCUGUUGUGCUGUGGCUGCUGCUGCUGCUGCCAUACGAUCCUGCAGCAAAACUGUGUAAAUGUAAACCAGAGCCCAGCGCGUGUUCUUACAGCGGGAAUUAUUUGUUCUGGGAACAAUCCUCUCGAUUUGACAUCCUAAGUGACAUUGUGUGACCUUGACACGAGAAUUAUUGACGAAUCGAACUUGAUUGAUGCGUGAUUGACGUUCGUUAAUGAUUGUAACGCCAUGACAUUGAAACAAGACUGAAUGUAUAGCAGUGUUUAAAAUGAAUGACCUGCGGUUUUAGGACGUUCAAAGCUGCUUCACAUUUCUGAAAUUGACUUAUGGCACUUCCGCGGAUACCUUUUAUAUAUGACGUCUCGCAAUCAGCCGUUCAUUUUGGAAUUUCGUACAUUUUUUUGGAGGACAUUUGCUUUUUUCCCCUGCUGACGUAGUAAUGUGUAAGAUCGUCUUGCCUUAUCUUUGUAGAACACGUCAGCUGGUAUGAGGAAUGAGUUUUAUCAUUCACGUUAUUUUCUAUACUGAGUGUGUGAGUGCGCGUUUACAAUACUGAAUUAGACAAUACCAAGCACAACUGCACGCCGAACACAAUUCCUUUCUUUGCCGUGGUGGAUUUCCCUUGUAUUUUGAAGACGUUGAGUUCUGCUAUACUCAGGAAAACCACUAACCGAUUUCUUCUGCUGUAUAUAAAACCUAACAACAAUAGCUUAUUUAUUAUUUUGAGUGUUUAUCUGGCUUUUUAUAUUGACUGAUGUCUGAUUGAAACUGUGACGUUUCUGUGGUGUUGAUACUGCGGCCGCUGCUUUCGUGAGUGUACUCUCAAUGUCAUCAGCACGAUCAAGUUUCGGAAGUAUAAUGUUCAAUUUGAAUGAUAUAAAUGUCUGAUUAAAAAGCAAUAUGUUUCCAA